AGUAUGUUUCGAAUGAGUAGAGGGGGUCCGUAGUGCGACGGACAACUAUGCUCAUUGUUUGGGUUCUAUAAAAAAAAAAAAGAAAAAAACAUAUGUAAAAAAAAAACCUUUGUUACACUGUACCUCUCCCAGUGUUAUAACAUAUGAAGUAACAAACGGCUAUCGAUAAGAAUAAAAGUAAAAGACCUUUGUUUAAAAUUUUGCAGACGUGCAGAGUCUACGAGGUAAUUUACUAAAAUUAAUAUGGAUCACUUAUUACGAGAGAUAAAUGCGCUGGUUAUUCCCGAUGUGUUAUAUCAAGAAACAGGUGAUGAAAAUUUGAUUAAAAAAAUGAUACAACAUUUAAUAGAAAGUAAAAAAUUGCCACGCAUAAAGCGUGAGUCCAAAAAUGAAGAAACCGCUAAAAAAAAAUUAGAAGAAGGAAAUAAGAUGAUAUCGAGUGCACCGCUAGAUAAACUGAUAGAAAUUUAUAAUGAGGCGAUAGCCUACGCACUCCCUAGUUCAGAAUUAUUAGCACGUGGAUUUGCAAAUCGCUCGGCAGCACUAACAAAUGGGGGUAUGUAUAAAGAUUCUUUGAAGGAUAUAGAAAGAGCAUUUGAAAUCGGGUAUCCAGAUAAUUUAAAGGCUAAAUUAUAUGCUCGCAAAGCAAAGAACUUAUUAGCAUUGAAUCCAAAAAUGCGCUCUGCAGUUGAUGAUGCCAUUACCAAAGCAAACAUUUGGGUAGAAAAAAUGGAUGAUGAUAACAAGAAAAGAGUAAAAAAAAGUUUAGAGCAACUGAGGACAGAUAAAUCUUUUAAAAAACCUGUUAAAUUUUGGGAAAGUAGUGAAUUUUUUCCUCAAACACCAAAUGAUAAUCCGAAAAUAUUGAGAGCUUCAGGUUCUAUUGAUAUAAAAAAUUCUGAAAUCUUUGGCCGUCAUAUUGUAGCCACCAAAGAUAUUAAGGCAGGUGAAACUCUCUGGGUUCACAGAUCUUAUGCAUUUACACUAAAGUCUGAAUACAGAUAUCGACAUUGCUGGAAUUGUUCGAGAUAUACUUGGAGUAGCGUUCCUUGUAAUCAGUGUUCAAACGUUAUCUACUGCAACGAAGAAUGUCGUGACACUGCUUGGCAGAACCACCACGAUGUCGAAUGCCUAGCGAUCACAGCAAUUUUAGCUCAAUUUAAAUUUAAUGUAGAAAAAUGUUUGCUUUGGGUGAGAUUAUUAGUAAGAGCUUUGAAAGAAUUUGGAACGAUUGAAACAUUGUAUGAUAAAGUUAACGAGAUUGAGUCCACACAAGACCCAAUUUUGAAACUUUUCACUGGAGAUGUAUACGAUGAUACAAAAUAUGCUAGUGUUUAUUCCUUAUUUCGAUUAAAAUCAAAUCCAAUACCCACAAUGGGUAUAGAACGUUUAAUCGUUGAAAUUCUAUUCAUGUUGAGUGGAACUACUGAAAUAUUCGGUAAAAAAAUUGAUGAUCCAACUGAGUUAAUGAACAACAAAUGGACAAUUUUCAUUGGAAAUUUGAUAUGUAGACACAUUGAAAUAGUUCAAACAAAUUCGUUCAAAAUAAUCUCAAAUGAUUGUCAAGGAAACUCCGUAACAUGUGGCUCGUAUUUGGCACCACUUUCGGAUCUAUGCAGCCAUAGUUGUGACUAUAACAUUGACUUCAUAUGUUCAAGAGACAUUGAAGCUCUGAUUGCAGUUCAGCCAAUCAAAAAAGGUCAACAAAUAUGUAUCACCUAUGGACCUCAUUAUCAGGAAUCACCGGCUGCUAAAAGAAGACAAUCGAUACAAAUGGGUUUCAAAUUUUUGUGUCAAUGCAUGGCUUGCGUUAAUGGCUGGGGUCCAUAUUAUCAAUUUCUACCAUGUGUGGAACAGCUACCGGACAAAAUCAGCCAUGAGCUAAUUAUAAUUUCGUUGAAAUGUGCCACCUAUAUUCCUAUAAUAAAUUUACUUACGAAACGUUUCUCUAAAGAUAUUACACCAAGUAAAAUUAUUGAAAUGAUGUCUGAUUUAUCAGCAGCGCUCAAUCUAUUAGGUGGUGACAGAUACCCUUGCAACGAAAUGAUAAAAGCCAAAAAAGCAUUAAUCCGCUUAAUUGUCUGCAUUAGAAGAUAUACAUGAAUAAAAAUUCGAAAUAUAAGUUUGAAAAUGAGUAAAUUUUUUACGCAAAAUCUAUUAAAUAUUUUUAAUUUCAAAAAAACUAAAUCAUACAUUUUUAUCGCUUCAAACAAAUUUUCAAGAAACACUGAGAAUUAUUUUCAUAAUGAAUAUUUAUAAUGUGAAAGACCUAACACCCGAUCAGGGAACUAGUACCCGAUCACUCCAUGAAUAUGUAUAUCUAUAUUUAGUAUAAUUUAGUAAAUAUAGACAUACAAAUACAUGAGUGAUCGGGUAUUAAUUCCCUUAUCGGUUACUGGGCCUCCUACUUUAUACUUCAUAUAAAAUGUAUGAAGUAUAAGUUAUAAAUUAAAAUAACUUCUUCAACAAAAUAAAAAAAAUAAAAUGCAUGAUGACGAAAGCUAUAAAAGUUUAUUAAAAAUUUUGUAUCCGGACGACUGAAUAAAUUAUUGAUAGAGUAAACUUUUUCUAUUAGUAAUAAUUUAGUUUAAAUACAGUUUCAAGAUAAAAUUAUUAUGGUAAUUUAAGACAAUGUAAAAUUUUUUCUAUUCAAACAGCCUCACUUAUGACCUGUCACAAAUCUGUAAUGUUUAUGUUUCCCCGUAAUUUUAGCUGUUGAUUAUAAUAUAAUCUGCAUACUUAUCGAUGUAUGUAAUUUACUUGUUAAACGUAAUAAAUAGAGUUUAAUCAAUGUAAACUAAGAUAUUUUAAGUUUAAAAAAAAACAGUAAAGAAAAUACAAAAGCUGAAUACAAAAUCAACAUUCUUUAAUUUACACU